AUGGCCAGCGAGGUGUGGGCGGAUAACAAGACUUUGUCCGGCGGGCUGGCAAAGUUAAUGUGGGACAGGGAGUUGAAGGGGGUAUGCAGACAUAUGUCAGCAAGUUGCACCCAAUAUAUGCUAACAGCAAUUCAGUUGCACCGGCAGCGCCGGGAAUCCCAGAGACACUGGCUGUAUUUUAUUUGUACGAAGGGAAAUCCGCUGAAUGAGUCACAAGUGAGCCACAGUCUUUCAGAGAUGGGAAAGAAGGUGGCUCCUGACCUCAAGGGAACUUUGAAAAGUCCCAGACACUCUGUAACGACUGCGCAACAGUACUACAACAUAGAGAACGAGCUGGAGGCAGACGGAAAGUCGUCACCACAGGAAGUGUUGGCAAAAGAUAGUGACGAAGAAGAACAACUGCAAGAACAAGCCGGCAAACUGGAAGAACCAGAGAACCCGACAACAAAAGCCAAUCAGAAGGCUCUAUCGAUACAGAACGAAAUCUGGUAG